CUGCGAAGUGUAAUCGGCAUUUCGUGAGGUUUUCCCGGAUCCCGGAUUGUACGUGGUUUUAAAUUGAAGUCAACCUUACCUUUGAAAAUGUCCUUAUAAUGUGUAAUUUUUUCAAGUGCAGUUUGUUCAGUUGUACUUAGUGUGUUUCGUAGGCGAGGAAUAACUAAAUAAUAAAAAUGGAAAGCCGGACUUUAUGGCAGAUUGUGUGCGUUGUUCUAGUUGCUGUCCUUUCUGAAUUUGCUUUUGGUGUCGAACUAACCUUUGAAUUGCUUGACAACAAGCGAGAUUGUUUCUACGAAGAAAUUCAGAAAAAUACCACUUGUGUUCUCGAAUUUCAGGUUGUGACCGGAGGUUCUUAUGAUGUAGAUGUAACAAUAGAAGCUCCUACUAAAGAUGUGAUAUACCGCCAAGUUAAGGCCCAGUAUGAUAGUCAUAAAUUUACUGCUCCUAUGAGUGGAACUUACACAGUAUGCUUUAGUAAUGAAUUUUCAACAUUUUCUCACAAGCUGGUCUACAUGGACUUCCAAGUAGGCGAAGAACAGCCUUUGCCAGGUGCUGAUCAUGUCACGGUCAUGACGCAGCUGGAGUUUGUCACAUCAGAGAUCCACAAAUCCCUCACCUCAAUUAUAGAUUAUCAAACUCACCACCGUCUGCGAGAAGCCCAAGGCAAGAAGCGAGCGGACGAUCUAAACAAGCGGGUCUUCUAUUGGUCGCUUCUGGAAUUCACCGCCAUCCUCCUGAUAAGUCUUGGUCAAGUUUUCAUCUUGAAGAAUUUCUUCACCGACAAAAACUCGGCAGGAGCGUCAACAGAUCGGUUCCGAAUGACCUCGAGACUAACUUUCCAAGAUUAAUUUUAUCCUGAGUUCCUCUCAAAUAAAAGACAACUAGGGCCCCAUCUUUUUAAUGAUCUUUUGUAAAAACGAAAUUUUCGUAAAACGCUCCAUAGGGAAUCUUGCCAUCUGCUCGCAGCAAUCGUCAGCAAAACUGUGAAUUGGUUUUCGCCUAUGGGUCUUCAUUGUUUGUACAUAGUUUUUGUAAAUUUUCAUCUGAGUUAAAGUAAAAAUAGAGAAUUUCUGUAAUAAAACAACAAAUUUAUUUAAAA